CGACAUUUUUGCUAUUGGGUAGGUUGUUUGCGUGAAAAAUGAAGUGUGUGCGUGAUUUUCAGUAAAAUAUUUCCAAUUGAUUUUUGCGUUAAUCGGUGGGCACUUUUUCUUGCCAAAUGUGUUCAAAGGAAUUCCAGGACACCGUGUAGUACACAACAAUCCACAAUGUCCUCCAAAAUAAACGGGAAUCCCCCAUUGACCAUGAACAGCAUCGGGGAGAAGAACAAGAAGUGGCAGUUGGAGCUGCUGAUGGAGAGACUACGGUCAAAGUCCUCCAAUAAAUCAUUUCCUGAACUCGCAAAAGCCGUCCGGAUGGCAUUGUUGGAGAAGAGAUAUGCUUUGGAUGCCGUUGAGAAGGCAAAUCUGCAAAAGUGCCUGGACAGUAUGCAGCACUGUAUCAAAGUGACAACAAGGCAGGGACUCGUGGAGCGCCUUGAGAGUCUUACGCGUCAGCUGGGGCUGAAAUUUAUGGAAGAUACAUCGGGAUUGUUUAUUAGUUCGGAUAUGUUUUAUCUGGAGAUUGUCCUGGAUGCUGGGGGGGCGGUGCAGGACGUUAAAGUUCACCAUGAGUGCAAAAUUGAACAGCAAUCGUGCAGUGAAUUGGUCAAUUGUCUGGUUAAUGGGGAUUUUGCUGACUUUACCACUCAGCUGGAAGGUCUAGCAUCAAUUUAUCAGCUCAAUGCUGAACCCAAGAUCAAGAGCAAGGCCUUUGUGGCAUUGCAGGCUCUCGAGACUGAUCUGUACAAUCUGUACAAAUUGCAGAAUUUCUACAAGGAUCCCCAGGCUCUUCUGCUGCAAUCCCAAGUGGGAAUUGUGCAGAAGAGACGUGGAGGGCAUCCGAUGAAAUUGACUUACUUCGUGUCUCCUUAUGAGCUCCUGGACACGGAGUCCAAGACAAUCCUUCCACUGACUGUGGAGGUUAUCCAUGGAAGGAAUGUUGGGACGAGUGUUACGGUGAAUCUGGAGGCUUCAGCAGCCAAUAAACUCCAGAUUCAGUCAAUACUCACGGUGUCCCCGGACGGACAGCCCGUUUAUGCUCCCCUGGCCACGCACAAUUCCACCAUGUUGCCGGCCAGUUUUGUCCUGACGCUCAACCGAAAGAUGCCCGUGACUCUCUCCCUGGUCCAGCAAAUGACCUCAGUCACAGAGAUCUCCUUCGGUCCGGAUCCCACCGCCUCCGAGCCCCUUCUGGGCCUAAUAGCUGCCCAAUCGGCCGAUGGGGAAUUGUCCGGGAGUUCAAAGGGAAUGUUUGUUACGCUUCCGGAUCAGAAUCACUGUUACUUCCUCACCGAAGGGGAAUCCUUCAGAGGCAUCGUGAUAGGCAGUGUGCCCUUCACUGAACCUGCCCAUGUGCCCAAACUCCUCAAAAUCCUCCGGCAGCAAGUUCUCUUCAACACUCUCAUCUCCAGCUGCAUCCGUGCAAACAGUCGCCAGGAUUUUGACUCAACGACCGUUUUCGAGGUUAGCGCUCUGUCCUGUCAGCACCUCACAGUGUCCCUUGAGCAUCCCUUUGACGAAGCCAUGGCCACGGUUGAGUUCGAUCUCACUGACGUCAUGGAUAUUCAAUGCAAAGUUUUUGCACCCGGACGAUCCUACGAGAACUUAGGCACAAUCCUCAGUCGAGUGGUGCAGAAGAGUCUCUCAAUUCCCGUCACCAUGAGAGCCUUGAUCAAAGCCUGGGAACAGGAAAAUUCCCUCCAGGCCACGAGGACUUUCGACGCAGGAAAUUUUAACUUAGCCCUCGGUCCAGGAGAUCCCGGUGGACGAAAUUCUACCACCACAGAUUUCACCAAGACCACAGACAUCAAGCCAUCCAGUAGUGCUGCCCGAUCUCUGUUUUCUGACCCAGAGCCAGGUCCGGGGGAAGCAGAGGAAGCAGCAGGAGACGAAGAAGGCAUUCAGGAUGAAGCCAGUGAGGGAUUUGGAGAGGCAGAUCUGGAUGCAUUUGGGGAAGAAGUGGCAGCAGAGGCCCUGGGCGAGGGGGCAGGAGGAGCCUUUCAGGUGGUGACUGCCAGUGAUGGGAGUGGGAAGAGUGUGAAGAAGCGACGUGUGGAGGAGGAUUUUUGGAAGAGCCCAAAGAGUAAUGUGCUGGGAAAUGUGAGUGACAGUGGCAGCAACAGUGACUCCAACUCUUUGGGCGCUGAAUCAGCCGACGGAGGAGUCACAGCGUCCAGCUGGCAUCAGCCAUCAGAUGUCGAAGCGACAUCAUUCAACAUCAGUCCAGCCCUGGACAUCGAUGGUGCAUCAGAUGCAGAGAUUGAGUCAGAUUUGGGCGAUGGGAGUAAGAAAGUGAAGAAACGUAGUCGAGAUGAGGCAAAUGAUAAGAAUGUGAUGCCACCAUUUGUGAGCAUAACGCCCAUUUCAACAGCCUCAUCGACCAAUUUCAGUUCGGUUUUGGCUGGAAUUGGACUCGAUCGAAGGCCGGGAAUUGAGAUAAUUCCACUGGGUGCUACGCAAAAUCUCUCGUCUAGCAUUACGAUAACGCCAAUUAAUACGUCGUCGUCUAGUUCGCCGAAAGAGAAGAAGUCUUCGUCGUCGUCCAAGAAGUCAUCUUCGGAUGAUCGAAAGGGGGAGAAGAAGAAGAAGAGAAAGAGGGAAGAUAGUCCAAUGGGUCCACCAGAUGCUCUCAAUAAGCCGGUUAGUGUGAGUAUCAAGGGAUCGGAUGGGGCUCCGCUGUCACCGUCGGGUUUGAUGAGGAAAUUUUCGUCGUCGUCGUCGCCGAAGCAAUCGAGUCCCGGAGGACAUCAUCAGAGUCCGAAGCAUGGUGGUCUGCAGAGUCCGAAGCAGUACUCAUCGGCUUCGCCUAAGCACAGUAGUGGUACGGGAUCGGGAAAACCGAGUAUGUCAGCCCUGAAGUCAGCCACAAAUUCGCCAAGUGGGAAGAGUAGUGAGAAGAAGUCGUCCAGUUCGUCUUCCGGGGGAGGAUCAUCGGGAUCGAGGGAGAAGGAGAAGAGUGAGAAGAAGUCAUCGAGCAGUCGAAGUGAUAGUCCGAAAAUGAAGGCGUCUUCCGUGAAGUUGAAACAGAUUGAUCUGAGUUCGGCUUUUCAGUUGACGGGAGUUGAUGUUGAUCUGCAGGAUCUCAAUAAAUCCUCCCCGCCGAGUCAGUCGAAAAAUCGCAAAGGGAGCCUAAGUGCGGUGAUUGAUAAGUUGAAACUGGCUCAGAAUCAGACGGAUGAGCCAAAGGCUGGAAGUGGGAAUGGAAAGGAGAAAUCUCCACCGAAAUCUGACGGAAUUCCGCCGACGUCGUCGUCGUACAUGGUCAAGCCAAGUCUCGAUGGCAUGAAGAUCACCAUCAACAAGACACGGAACAAGGAAUCAUCGCCCAAGACGACGGAGAGCACGGGAAAGUUGAAUCUGGGAAGUGGAUCAGGCGGCGGGAGUGGAUCUAAUUCACCCAAAACCCACACAGGUCUCAAGCCUGGGGUCAACAGUGGUCCGGCUUCGAAGAAGUCCCAGCAAAAUUCAUCCAAUUUGUCUGGUACGUCAAAAUCUUCGUCAUCUUCUGACAGCAACCGUUCCUCCUUCCAAAAGUCCAACUCAUCAGGCAGCCUGUCGGGGUCAUCGUCAAAGGUGAGUGGAAAUGGUAGUGGAGGGUUCACCAAGACAAGUUCCGGAAGUGAUUUGUCAAAGGUGUCUAGCACUGUGAAUCACGGAUCGUCCGAGAAGCAGAGAACGGAGAAGUCAAAGGCACCGCAAAAGAAUACAUUUGAGAGUGUAUUUUUGCAGGCCAAUCGAGAGGCGGAUGCCAUGAAGAAAUUAGGUUUUGGGGGUUCCACUAUGGAGGGUUUUAUGAAGGCUCUGGAUAAGAAAUUUCAGAUACCCAAACUUUCGGCUAGGUCUGCCUCAACGGAUGAGGUUAAGAAGGAAUCUAGGCCGGUUUCGUCCUCUUCUGCCCCAACAACUCCCAUUCCCUUGAUGAUGGCCUCUCCCACGGGUAGUAAUAGUGGUUCUGCGAGUUUUCAGGGUGUUACUGGGGGGGUCACUAAGAUGCUGGCUGAGUAUCUGACAAAGGAGGUACCCAGCAAGUAUCCAUUUUCCGGAAGUGCUUCUGCUGGGAGUGGCAGUGGCACUUCCCCGAAAUAUGGUGGAGUUUUUAGUUCGGAGAUUUCUCUGGGGAAGAGUCUGAGUCAGGAUUCACUGCAAUUUGCAGCUGGGGGGCAGAAUCGGGAGAGUGGUGGGGUUAGGUCCAAUCCGUCAACUCCAACUUCCCUCGUUGCGUCCCCAUUUCCCUCUCCUGUGGCCAUUUCGCGAUCGUCAGCUGAUUCUCCUGCUCCCCGGGCAGCUGAAUCUGAUUCUAGCAAAUCAAGUCUAACGAAGGACUCUACAAAUUCUCCCCUGGCCGCUAUGAGGCCUCCCUCAGCUCCUCCUACACCCAUUCAGGCAACUUCUGGGGAUUCCGGAGCUCUGGACUUCUCCACCAGAGCACCACCACCGCCCACAAAAUCCUCUUCGACUGUUUCCACCUUUCCACCGUCCCCAAGCGUUUCCCUGCACAUUGUCAAGUCACCCGUUCCGUCGCCCCUUGUUAUCCCAUCGCCCCAUUCCGGAUCGCCCUGUAUCACGGACGAUGAGCUUAUGGAUGAAGCUCUGGUGGGCAUCAGUGGCAAAUGACACUCUGCCCCGCUCAGAGUCUGGCUUAAGCUCUUCGUCUGAGGGAGUUUCAUGAAGGAAAAAUAGGGGAAAAAGAUCAUUCAAUGAACUUAGUAUGCUUCAUUCACAAGGAAUCAAAUAUUUUAUCGCUUUGCCUUCUCUGAUUGGCUGUCACUUUGACAGCUGUCAAAAUUCCAGCCAAUCAGCGAACGCAAUCUGACUUAAAAUAUUUGAUAAGAAUGUGAAUGUCGCUUCUAAACAUCAAAGUAAUUUAUUAAAUAAUUUUCAGAUAGGAAAAGUACAAAAGAAGAAAAAUAAAUCACAAAGGUAAUAGGAAAACGAAAAGCACAUAAACGGUAGCCUGAUAAUGGAAGUGGUAAAAAGAAUUACUGAUGAUGCAAUGGGAUAUUAAUAUUUUUCUGGAGAUGUAAAAUUUUGUGAAAAUUGAAAAUGGAAGGAGUAACAGAAAAUAAUUCACUUAUUAUGAUAAAAUAUAUUCGGAGUAUUUUAGCGUGUACAAUUAAAAAAAAAACUAAGAAAUAUAAAAAAUAUGAGUAGAAUGUUGACAAACUCUUUGAGAGUUGAACACAAUUUUGAAAAUGUUGAUUUGUGUAGGUUUUUGAACAAAAUGAUCAAAUGUUUUAUUGAUAAAUUCGCUAAAUUUUGAGAUUAAAUUAUUUUAGAAUAGUUCUUUUUAAAUAAUUUAAAAAUUGAGUUGUACGAAUUCAAUUAAAUUGUACUCUGCGAAAAAAUCGAUUUUAAUUAUUAGGUUUGUCGUCUCAAAAAAAAAAUUCUAAUUUUUAGUAAGAUUAUUUUUCACUAAAUGCUCUUUUAUCGAUAACAAUGUAAAAGUAUUCAAAUAUAAAAUUUAUCAAUAAUAUU